ACACUUUGAAAAACGUUUCAUUCAUUCAAUCAGACCAUUCAUUACAGUUUCAGACCAUUUAGUCACCUAAUUAUCACUCUUUGAGACCAACUGAUCAACUGAUGGGCAAAAAGAAGGAUUCCGUGUCUUCUUUGGGCAGAAAUCUCAUUAAAGAGCGGAAGAAGAAUUUGUCAAAACAUUUGUAUAAAACAAAUAGACAUGUCUUGGAUUUGGAGGAAUCGAAGAAUACGAUUAGUGUUACGGAGACGACAACUCUCGAGGAGUUCCUGACCAGCGCUCAGAUGGCAAACGUUGAGUUCACCGCAGAGCGAGAAGACAUCCAAAUCGUUGAUCCAAACCAUAGAAGUGUUGACAUAAAAGUGUCGGACAAUAAGGAGGCUCUACUGAUCCCAAGGCGUCCCCAAUGGGAUGAGUCGACGACACCUGAAGAACUGAAUCAAUUGGAAUACGAUUUGUAUUUAGAGUGGAGAAGACAUUUGUCGCACAUCCAGGAGAAUGAAGACAUAGUUAUGACUCCUUUCGAGAAGAAUAUAGAGUUUUGGCGACAGUUGUGGAGAGUCGUCGAGAGGAGUGAUGUUUGCGUCCAAAUACUGGACGCUCGCAAUCCUCUGCUCUUUCUGUCCGAAGACUUACAGAAAUACGUCAAAGAAGUGAAUGAAAGCAAAGUUAACGUGAUUUUGAUGAAUAAAUCCGAUUUUCUGACACCAACUCAACGCCACGUUUGGGCCAAACAUUUCGAUUCGAUGGCAAUGAGAGCCCUAUUCUUCUCCGCCAAACAACAGCUCGAAUGCGAUGACGACAACGACUUAGCCGUCGAUGAAGAGUCGGAUUCGACACACAAUUCAAGUAAACUCUUGAGUCGACAGCAGUUAAUCAAUUUGUUUAAGUCGAUGAAGAGCGAGAACUCCUCGGACCCGAUAACCAUAGAAUUUGAAGAUCAAAAUCGGUUCGCGACUCCAGAAGAACUGCUCACAACUUAUGGCUUUUCCAGAGGUUUUAUGACUCAAAGAGGAAUUCCAGACAACUGUCGGUCAGCGCGUUAUAUACUGAAGGACUUUGUUUGUGGAAAACUUCUGUAUUGUUAUUGUCCUCCAAAUGGUGACCAAAAAUCGUUUCACGAAUUUCCACAAAACUCUAAUCAAACAAAUAUUCCGAUGUCUGAAGCGCUCAAACGAAUCCUCGAGAGCUCUCACAUCACGCAAAAAGAUUUCAAUAACUCUUAUUUCCACACAAACUAUGGCACCGUUCACACCAAAGGUGUCGUUUCGGUCUCUGGGUAUUCUCAAAGGCAGGGCACAGGUAUGUCAGAAGCGGACACAACGUCCAGCACUUGCAUCACAUCUAAGCCAUGGAAGAAACAUAACAAUCGAAACAAAAAAGAAAAAUUGAGACGAGUUUACGCUCAUUUGGAUCAAUAG